GUGUGUGUGUGACAGGGGCGGUGAGGAGCUCCGGACCGGCGGGGAGCGGAGGUUUGUGCCCCGCCCCUCUCGGACACGUUGCCCAGGGAGAGGCUGCACGGGCUGGAUGGGACUCCUUCCUCCUCCUCCUCCUCCUCCUCCUCCUCCUCCUCUUUCUUUCUUUCUGCUGGUUUCACUCCAUCAUCAGUCACUCACGCGCGCACACGGUCGGGCCGCACGUCCUCACCUCACCGAGCCGGACGUGCAAACACACACACACACACACACACACACACACACACACACACACACACACUCACCUGGACUCACACGGGCUGUUCUCUCGGAGGUGAGCGGACGCUGCUGAUUCGCACGCCGGGUUUUGGAGCAUGUUUUCGGGCUGAAGAGGCAGCAGCUCCCGGCAGGUCCGUGAUGCUCUCUGCUGGCUGACAGUCGAACUCCACCAUGUCGACCUCGGACUCGGAUUACUCCAUCGACUGGCUCGCCAGCGAUGAGGACGACUACGACAGCCCGAAAAGAUUAAGCCCUGAGCACAGAGAGGAGCCGCUGGUGCCACCAUCAUCAUCAUCAUCAUCAUCAUCAUCAUCAUCAUCAUCAUCAUUAAGGGACUCUCCUACCAGCUGCUUCCACUGUGAAGCGACUCAGCGGAGGUGGAGGAGGAGGUGUGACUGCUGUGACUGUAAAGAUGGAGGUGGCUGUGGGGUCGGCGCCCUGCAGAGCCCGGCGCUCAGUCCGCUUCAGGGAUUCACCUCCGUCUACACGCAGCAGGCGCUCCACCUGAGCAGGAAGAGGGCGCACGGCGCCGCCUCGGACGCACUCAGUGAGAAUCCUGGAGCGGACACUGAAAACCAACUCUUCUCACAGAAGUGCUCGGAGCUGCAGCGCUACAUCCAGCCUCUGUCGUCCAUCCUGCGGGGCCUGAGAUCAGGCAGGUACUCCCAACGUCUCAGCAGUUUCCAGGAGAGCGUUGCGAUGGACCGGAUCCAGAGAAUAAUGGGGGUCCUUCAGAAUCCAGACACGGGUGGACGCUUCCUCAACAUCAUAUUGAAAAUAGAAGAAAUGCUUCAGAGCUGGUUUCCUCACAUCAAACCAAACCUGACGGACGACGGCGUUCAGCCAAAGAGGCAAAAGCAUCAUCAUCAUCAUGGCGGCGCCUCCCUUCCUCCUCCUCCUCCUCCAUCCUCUCUGGCGUCGCUCUGCUCCUCGGACGUGGACCCGGCCUCUCUCGGGUCGCUGUACUCCACCACCCACCUCAAAUGGCUUCACACGUCGCCCAUCUGCUCUCUGAAAACUCCCGAGUCGAUGCUCGUUCAGCGCGCCUCCUCCUCCACCUCCUCCUCCACCUCCCCUCUGCCCACACGCUGCAGCCAGGAAGUGACCCAGGACAACGCCGUCUCCUCCAGCACCGACUCGCACAAGACGACGACGCCGCUGCGACGUCUCGGCCGGGGGCGGCUGGCCUUCAAGAUCAGCUCGCCGUGUCUGGAGAGACUCCUGCAGGCCAAGGAGAGCAUCAUCGCCCCGAGGACUGACGGAGGCUGGAUGUCUUAGUCCAGACGUCAUCGCUCAGCCUCCACGCGGCGUCCUGAAGACACUCAAGGCCUUAAAAAAAAAGCAUGUUUCAAAGUCUUCUACGACUUUUCAAAAACUCUACAGCUCGAACAGACUUCAGGUCUCAGACACUUUAACGUCUCUGCGAGGAGAUGUUGGACCUCGACGUCGAGCUGAGAUGAUGUUGGUCGUUUCUGAGGAACAAACGAGGAAUGAUCUGAAAACACGGAGCGAAUUCUUGGAUCUAAAUGUGAACAAACGCACAUCGACUUUCAUACGUGAACUCUCUGGACUGUUACCGUCUUCCUCUACCUCGUGCUGAAAACACGACGCAGCUUCAUCUCCCAAACUUCAGGGCAAAAAAAAGAAACGAUCAAGCUUCUCCCCGAUAUUUAAACAUGUCAGUUUGAUGACGUUGCAUGUGAGAGUUUCAGGAUAAAGAGUUCUGGACCUGAACCUGAACCUGAACAUUUUAACGUUGUCGAAAGAGAAAAAAUCAGAAACUUUUUCUGCCAGUUUGACAGACGUUCGUUGACUCGCCUGGACGUGCAGAGAGUUACUGAUCGCUUCACGGCCUCGUGAACGACGAAUGCUGCCGUUCAAGUUACGACACUCGAUGUUUCCCAGAAACUUACCGUGACUCUGUUUUAUCCACCUCGCUCUCUGUACGUAGGUUCCACGUUCCUCUAACGUUGUCCGACUGUUUCCAGGCUGAGAAAGUAUUAUAAAGUAUCUCAACACGAGGAAACAUACACAGCGACAAACACAUCACCGCCUGUGUGAGCAGGAGGAAUAACGACGACAACCAGAGCUCAAACUUUUUAUUCCAAACUCAAAAGUACCGUUAAAACGCGACAGAUUACAGAGAACUUGUCGACUCUCACCUGUUGCCUCGUCGUCGUCUUCUUGUUCUUUCAUCAGCCCGAACUGGCAGGAAAUUCUAAGAUGUACGACCCUGAACCGGAGACAUAAACUUGAGACCUUAAGCCGUUUAAAAUGAUGAAAUCACGAUGUGUUCCUCCGUGGUCAGACGUGACACCAAACCAUCAAAUAAUUCUCUGACUUUUAACACGAGCAACAAAACCGCCGGUCAGCUUGUCCUCGAUUUAAAGGCACGUCAGUUUCUAUCCGUUGGUUUUCUUGGUCGAACUCGGACAGGAUCAGGCGUUGUGAUGAAUCGCUGCAGGAUUGUGAGGCAGUGAAACAAUCGGACAAUAACGUUUUCUCUGAUUAACGACUUCAUCGAGGUCGGCGCUUGCUCGCUCGCUCUCAUUCACUGUCUCUGUCGCUCAACACAAAC